ACGCCUGAUCGGCGUCGUUUGCCGACGUCAUAUUUACUCGACACGCUGGUGGCAGAUGGAGGUGAAAACACUGGAUGAAACUAAUCAUAACAAAUUCAAUCUGAUUCAACUGUUGUGGCAUAACUGGAUUCCUUUUAAUAGUAGUUCUUCAGCGGUUCAAACAAAGAUUAGUUAGAAUGCUCUGGUUGAAGACGACCAUGCAGCUCAGAACUGACUCACUGCGGAAAUUAUGUCAAGUCAGCCGGCACUCAUCCGGACCCCCUGCGCAAAGCGUUACCCCAGCGCCCUUCACCAGUGACCGCAGAGCGACAAGCCGCCACCGUCACGUCCCACUUCACACGUUACCCCUCCUUCACCCCAGUCGGCUUCACAGAUCGGCGCCGUGCCUCCAUCUCUGUAGACAGGCGUCAACGACCGGUGGCGCAGGCUGGUACGAGGGCGUAGCUGACUCGAUUCCAGUCCAUGUGACGGAGCAGCUGUUGACCUGGGUCAAUCAGGCCACAGGUCUUCCCUGGUGGGCCACCAUCGUGUGCACCACCUUUGCUCUGAGGACAGCCAUCACUCUGCCCCUUGGAGCCUACCAGGCCGUUGUCGUUGCCAAGGUUGAAGGCCUUCAACCGGAGAUAGCGGAGCUGGCUAAGAGGCUGCACUACGAAAUCUCUGUGCGUGCCAAAGAGAAGAACUGGACAGACAAAAAAUGCAGAUACCAAUUCAAGAAGAAUCUGAAGAGGAUCGUGUCCGAGCUGUACGUGAGGGAUAACUGCCACCCCUUCAAGGCCAGCGUGCUGAUCUGGGUACAGCUGCCCAUGUGGGUGUGCCUCUCCCUGGCUCUGCGUAACCUCAGCCUGGGGUUGUCUGAAGCCACCACUGCGUUGCAGGGGGAGCUGACAGUAGGGGGCGCCCUGUGGUUCUCUGACCUGACAUUGCCUGACUCCACCUGGAUAGUGCCCAUCUCGUUGGGUCUCGUCAACCUGCUGAUCACAGAGAUAUUUGCCCUGCAGAGAAGAGAAGCAUCCAAGGUCCAGAAGUAUGUGACCCACUUCAUCAGGGGCAUUUCUGUGCUGAUGGUUCCCCUGGCCGCCACUGUGCCCUCAUCCAUGGCUCUGUACUGGCUGAGCUCCAGCUGUGUUGGACUGGGACACAACCUCCUCCUUCGCUCCCCGCGCCUCCGGAGGCUCUGCCACAUCCCCCCAAUGCGCUCCGACUCGGACACGCCCUACAGGGACAUCGCCUCCUCCCUCGUCGCCAAAUACAUCAAAUGAAGACAGUGGCCGGUGUUCUGCUGGAGAGGACAGGGACUUUCACCGCGAAUCGUGUCGACACCAAAGCCCCUUCCCCUGAUUCUGAAAAUCCAGUAAGUUGAAGAGGAAUGCGUGUCGGCGCUGGGCUGCAAUAAACCACUUCAGCUUCAGCUCUCUCCUUGGCGACCACUGCACUGAGAUCUGGAGUUUGACCACGUUUGGUGUUGUUGAUCCACGUGACAGAAUCCGCUAUACGUGUCCAUCUACUGACCAGCUGAAGUGUCAGAAUCUUUUUGAUUUUAUGUUGUACAGCAUGUAAAGGCCUGUUUAUUUUCUGUAACUGUAAAUUCUCCCUGCCUAGCCCAUGGUCACUUGUUGUUGUGAUUCAAGACUUUGACUGCCAUUGUGUAAGAGACCAAUUACACUUCUAAAAGGUAUUUUAGAGAAUUACACUUAUAGUGGGUUAACAAUGGUUGGUAGACAUUUGCCUUAUAUUUUACUGUAAACUGCAUGACAUUUUUAUUUAUUAAAUAUGAAUGUCCAUC